AUGAAGAAGAUGCUCUCCUUGUCGCUGCUGCUCCUACCCGGCCUCCUGAAUGAGCUCGUCUUCUGCAGAACUCUGAUGUUCAACGGCUGCACCGUUAGCGUCCACACGCAGGAACUACGCAGACAUUAUUCCGAAAUACGAUCGGAAGCGAUUUCUGGAGACACAGAAAUCGGAGUGAUGAUUCUGAACAUAUCAAAUAUGAGAAAUAUUCAGAGUGGUCAGAUAUGCUGUUAUCUGCGCCUCCUCCUGCGCUUCUAUGUGGAGAGAGUGUUCCGGAAUUAUGCCACCUCACAGCCACAGCAGGUGAAACGUUGCUCCAGCGCGAUGGCCAACGCUUUUGUCACCAUCAGAAAGAACAUAAACCAAUGCCACUGUCUCUGCGAUGACGACACGCAAAAAGCCAUCAACUCUAUACAUGUAGAAUUUGACAAGCUGUUAAUCAACAAGGCGGCCUUGAAGGCCGUAGCGGAGUUGGACACGCUGCUGGACUGGCUGGAUGAACUGCAGGAGGCGACACAAGUGACAAUCCCUGUCAAUCAAUCCCUGACAUGACAGCAUGGAUGUUUUUUUUUAAUUUUACAUUUCUUUAUUUUUUCGUACUUGAAUUAAUUUAAUGUUUUUUUUAUAUACAUAGAGCGACUAUUUUUCUACCAUUUAUUUAAUAUUUUGAUGCGUACCGUUGAUAAGAAUAUUUUUACUUCAGUGAGGAGUUUGUGCUUUUUAUUGAUAGAGAUCAUUAUGUUUGUUUACUUGUAUGCUUUUACGCACGGUGGUUGAGUGGUUAGCAUGUCGGACACACAGUCAGGAGUAUGUUUACAUAUGUUUUCA